AUGCAGAAACAGCCGCCGACGCAACCACGGCAUCACCCACCACAGCAUAUAACACCGCUACACCCGCCACUGCAGCAGCAGAUAGACUCGCGGAAGCUCAACAACACUGCCUCUGCUACUGCCAGAAUGGCUGGAGGCGAUCCGCGCAACAGAGCCCCGCUUCCUGUGCCGGGAGGUCAUGGUCCUUUUCCGCAGAACGAAAACGGUGGCAUGCGUCCGCCGUUUGAUAUGGCUCGCAGCCCACCAAAUCCGCCCGCCAGCAAGAAUACUAAGCAUGUCCCAUGCAAGUUCUUCCGCCAGGGAACUUGUCAGGCCGGGCCGGCAUGUCCGUUUCUGCAUUCGACAGACAAUACCAUAGACUCCGCGCCGUGCAAAUAUUUUACGAAGGGAAACUGCAAAUUCGGAGCAAAGUGUGCACUAGCUCACAUCUUACCCGAUGGUCGGAGAGUAAAUAGGCCCAGCAUGGGUCUUGGAGGAAAUCUCAACCUAGGCGGAAGAGUUCAUCCUCCUCCAUACCAUGCACAGGACUCAGCUUUGGCAAACUCACUCCUCUCUCAGCAGCAAAUAAACGGACAAAAUCCACGGUUCUCAUAUCCGUAUCCCUCCCAAGAUGAUCUGCAUCUCUUACCUCCGCAUGCCCAGCAGCAAGUUCAGCAACAACAACAGCUACAGCAGCAACAGCAACAACAGUUUGGUCAGCAAUAUGACGGUUCGAUCCCACAUAUUGACGCUGGGCUGGUAUCUGAUACCGGCUCCAAGUAUGGCUCACCUCCAGAGGAGAUCCGCCUCCCCAUGUCUCCUAUCGGUCGUACAGCUCUAGAUGCUCCGCUGCCUGCUUCGUUCGACAGUCAAGGCAUAUCCCACAUGGCUCGCUAUGGCCCAGUCGCGGCAUCGAUGCCAUCCAAGUUCGGACUUGACUUCGCUCACUCUCCAUCCCUCUCUCACCGACCUAACGCCACACCCGACGUUCUCCGUAGCUUGCACGAUACAGCAUUCGGAACAGAUAAGAAACCACUUGGGCUCGGCUCUUCACCACCAGUUGUUAGUGCAGAAGAUACCUCCGGCUUCCGUGUCAUGCAUUCUCAGCGUGUACCCCGCCAGCGUAUACUCUCCGCCAGUGUUCCCCGACCCACGGUUCUCGAUGACUGGGAGGACAACUUCACUAUGGAGGAAGACUAUCUCCCCACGAAUCUGCACGAUGAUGUACUCACACCUCAGGAACGCAUGCGCCGUCUCUCUCGCACCGACCACGAAUUAUCAAGCAGCAGCAAGGAUCCAUCUGGCCUUGGAAUAGGUAUAGGCAUCGGGAUCGGAGGAUCGGGCAAAGUAGGCUCUCCGCUGGCAUCCAGCCCAUCUCGGUUUGGUGCCCUAUUCGCCAAACAACGCCAGCGGAAGGAGGAAGAAGCUCAAGCCGCUCUCGCCCAGAACGGACAUGUCGGCUCUCCUCUACGCGAAUCAGUCAUUGGGCCUCGCUCCUCUGCCAGCGCCAUCCGGCCCAUCGGAAGCCUGCCCGGAUCUGGUGACAUCUCUCCCUUCGUUGCCAGCCCUCGUCAGUCUUCCAUGUCCAUGAUUUCCGAACAGUUAAGCAGCACAUCGCUUCACCCUAGCUCCGCCCGAGCUCCGACCAGCAACCCCCGUCUGGACCGUAAUAUAUCGUCACCCGUGAGCACGAGCCGGAUUGACGAGGAGCAGAGUGACUUGGUCUUCUCAAUGGAAGAGGAGGAAAGCAAUAAGCGAACAAGCGCGAUUUGGGGCGCAAACAAGGAAACCCCUCCUCCUACAGAGGGAGAAAAGAAUGCAAAUGCAAAGGCGUCUACGGCCGGUCAGGAUAAAAAGGAUGGGAACGGAAAAUCUUACCUAAAAAUGGAGUCUUUGUAUGGAAAUCGAUCUUGA